AUGGCUCCAACCGCAGCUUUUUCAUCUCUCAUAGAGCAGACCAUCCAUACCGUUCCGUCAUUCGAACUCGAAUGCGGCCAUGUCUUGAAGCAGGUUCCGGUCGCAUACAAAACAUGGGGCAAGUUGAACGAGAAGAGGGAUAAUGCUAUGAUCAUAUGUCAUGCGUUCACUGGUAGUGCUGAUGUUGAGGAUUGGUGGGGACCUCUCAUGGGACGAGGGAAGGCCUUCGAUCCCAGUCGCUACUUCAUCUUUUGCGCCAACGUGCUCGGUUCACCCUAUGGAACCGCCUCUCCUAUCACUACAAACCCAGAAACCGGCGAGCUGUACGGUCCAGAGUUUCCAGGAACCACUAUUCGGGACGACGUACGCCUACACAAACAUGUCCUCGACCAUCUCGGCGUAAAAUCCGUGGCUGUCGUAGUCGGUGGCUCCAUGGGCGGCAUGGCCGUCCUCGAAUGGCCCCUCUGCACACCCCCAGGCUACAUCCGCCACGUCGUCCCCAUCGCCACCUCCGCCCGCCACUCCGCCUGGUGCAUCAGCUGGGGCGAAGCCCAGCGCCAAAGCAUCUACAGCGACCCGAUAUACGAAGACGGCUACUACUCAUCACAACCCGCCUCUGGACUCGCCGCCGCACGCAUGGCCGCACUGCUCACGUAUCGGUCUCGAGACUCGUUCGAGAGUCGAUUCGGUAGGAAUGCGCAGGUGAAUAGGACGAUGGGGGCGUCAGCGUCGGCGGAACUGAUUACUCCUCCGAGGAGUCCUGUGCUCUCGCCAGACGAUGCGCGGCAGGCGCAUAACGAUGGGCUCAGGAACUCGAAGCCACGCCCUUCAUCGCGCGCCGCCGGUUCGAUCUCGGAGGGAUCUGCGUCUUCACCACCUCGUACCCCCGCUUCCCCACCUCCGAUUUUCUCCGCUCAGGGUUACCUGCGUUAUCAGGGCGACAAAUUCACGGCCCGAUUCGACGCGAAUUGUUAUAUCCAUAUCACCCGCAAAAUGGACACGCACGACCUCGCGCGCGGUCGUGUACUUCCAACGGACUCGACCACCACGUCGCCCUCCUCCGUUGCGAAAUCCGAAUCUGACGCCCUUGCGAAGGUUCUCGCUCGUCUGCCGCCUCGUGCGCUUGUUAUCGGCAUCCAGACUGAUGGUUUGUUCACUACGACGGAACAAAUCGAAAUCGCAUCAGGAAUUCCGGACGCUGAGCUCAUUAUCAUUCCUUCUCCGGACGGGCACGACGGGUUCUUGUUGGAGUUUGAGAGGAUCAACAGGCAUUUGAUGGAGUUCCUGAGGAGGGAGUUCAAGGAGUACUAUGUAGGGGAGCGUGGGGAGGAGCUGGAGGUAGUCCCAGAGGAAGGCUUCGAUGUGAAGAAGACGAGCAUGUUUGGAGAGGCGGAGGCGGAUAUUGCAGCGUGGUAG